AUGCCACCAACACAAACCACCGCCAAGGCGGCACCUGCCGCAAAAGCACCUGCAGUGACCGGGCGGCCCAAGACCGGAUUAAGCACACCCGCUACGACCGUAGCUGCCGGUUCAUCAAAAGCAACAAUCAAAGGUGGCAAAGAGACGUUAACUCCAAAGACAUCAACUAAAACUGCACCGGAUGUGCAGCCAGCGAAGAUUGCCACCACAGGAGACGGAGAUGCAUCGCAAUCACAACCAAAAACCGUUGAAAAAUACUCCGGCUACAUCCCUCCCCCCGGCAUCUACGUCACAAUGGGCCAAGUCCUCACCCGCCGCUACGUCGCCCUGCUCGAAUACCAACAAUCCCAAGAAAAGCGACAAGCAACCCUCGAGAAAACCGGUGAUCAACCCACCGGCAAGGAAGAUAACCCGAACCCACCACCCGCGUGGGUGACAAAAGAAGGCCAGCUGCCCGAGCUGUUCAAAAUGGUCGUGGACGUGUACACGCGGGCGAUUGAGGACACACCGACUUUACACGACGCGUACAUCGAGCUCGGGGCCUUUCUCGAGCACCACAGUCCCGCCCCCCAGGGUCUAGAACAGGCAGUCGAUGUCUACACCCGUUUCCCCUUCCCUCAAACAACCGAAGCAACACAAGACGACCUAUACAUCCACACCGAGAUCGUCCGCGCGUUGAUGCUGUUGAAACGGUACAAGGACCCGGCGCUGGUGGGGAGUAUGGUUGCGGCGGCGAGGGUGGUGGGGAUUGGGGCGAUGAGUAAGUGGGUGGAGGAGUUGGAUGGGGCGGGGCAAAGUAGGGUUUUGAUGGAGGUUUAUGCGGGGGCGAAUCGGAAGGGGGUGGAUGAUCCGGAGAUGGUGGCGUUCUUCAAGUCGAGAUAUUGGAUGUAG